AUGAAUACAAAACAAAUUAUAUAUUUGUUCGUUUCCCUUUUUCUUUGUCAUGUUGUCUAUGGAGAUAAGUGUUCAACACCUCUUAAAGAUAUUAAAUUCCAAAAUUUAUCAUUGUAUAAUCUGAUUAAAUCACAUGAUGAUACAGAAGGAAGAUUAAGUAAUUGGGUUUAUUUUUUUUUUAAUAGAAUUCGUGACCCUUAUAAUGUUGUAACAUAUAUGAAAAUUCUUAAUAUAAAUACUAUAAAUGUAGAGGAUCAACCAUGCUUUAUAAAAGCAUUUAAUAUAUACAUGAUUCAUGCGCAUGCUGGUAAAAUUCUAGGCCUAGAACCCCCCAAAAUAGGUAAUUUUGAUGCAAAGGAAUAUUCAUAUAUAAAAGACUAUUGCAAAGAUUUUUUAUGGGUAGCAGAAACAAAAUCAGUUCAUAAACACUUAAAUGAAUUAUUAUUGAGUAAGAAUGAGAUUGAUAAUGCGAAAUUAGAUCUUAGUCUCAUAAAAAAUUUGAUAACAAAAGCAAGUAUAGAUACCCCUGCAAAGUUUAUAGAUGAUCCUAUGAAAUAUUUAGAAGAGAUGAAUCUAGUUGAAGAUAUUGAUGAUCCAUACAUGGAUGCUUCAAAACUUGCUAGCCGUGAUUACAAAUUAUUAGCUAUAUUAGGUUUAAAAAAUCAUUAUUACAAUGCAGAUCUCACUCAGCCCAUACGAAAGGUUCGAGACGAAAUUGAGAGUAUAAUACGCUUAUGGUUUAGAAAACGUAGUAAAUUAUUUCCUUUAUAUAAGAAUUAUCUUAUGUCUGAUGGCCAUGCUAAAAUUAGUAAAUAUGAUAUAGAUUGUUAUCCAUCCCUCGACGAUUUCGUUCAAGGAUUUUUUUCAGCUAUUAAAGAAAAAAUGGUAAAAAUACACAUACGAUUUUUAGACAAUUUCACCUUGGCAAUGGAAAAUAAGUCAUAUAAAGUUAACGGAUUAAAAGGUUUAAGAUAUUUAAAAAGUCUUUUUCAAAGAAAAACAUUCCCCAAUUUUGUAAAAUUGAAUUCUGAUUACAUAUCAUCCGAAUUAACCUUCUUAAAAGAAAGUUUUUUUGAUGUAUUUGAUAGUACUUUAGAUUGUUACACCAAUCAAUAUUUGAAUUUCCCUGGUGACAAAUAUUUGGAUACUAAGAUGCAUUCUCAAUCAUAA